CCGAUGGAUAUGGGUCCAACGCGACUGUGUUAUCACUCGCCGUGAUAGCAUGCAGCGUUAUGCUCUUGAGUCAAGUACUUGGAACCCGGCCAGAUACUAAGGAACCACGCUUCAUUUCGUCCAAAAUACCAUAUAUCGGACAUACCUUGGGCAUUCUGCAGCAUAAGAUGAGAUACUAUACAAUAUUAAGCGGCAAAUAUCACCAUGAUAUCUUCACCUUACCAAUGUUUGGUGGCCGAUUAUAUAUCGUGACCGCUCCCGACCUUGUCGCCCCUAUCCAACGACACUACAAGGCACUAUCAUUUUGGUUCCUAGAAGGAGCGUUUACAGUCAAGUUAGGUGCUCUCAGUAAGCAUGCGGCCAAACUUCUCACGGAAAAUGCGGCCGGAAGAGAAGUUGGUAACAGUUUGGUGGUUGAUGGAAUGAAAGAAACACACGCAGCCAUGAUCGCUGGACUGGACUCGAUGAAUCAAACGGCUGUUGAUAUUAUUGGAGCCCGAAUGGAUCAACUGGAAGCAGAAGCCGCCACAGAAGUUGACUUGUGGAAAUGGGUGGACAGCAAUGUUUCUCUUAUGACCUCUGGGGCCGUAUACGGGCCUAUGAAUCCCUACCGUGACCCAGAACUCGCGCGAGGGCUAAGAGCAUUUUCCGAAGACAGCACGAUGCUCCUCGCUGGGGUUUUCCCCAGCAUUCUUGCCCCAAAAGGGUACGCCGGACGUGAAAGUAUUGUCAGAGGGUUUCAAAAUUACUUUGCAGCUGGGGGCCACGAAUCUGGCUCGGAGCUUAUCAAAGCUCGAGUUAAAUCUCUAACUGAAUACGGCAUACCCCCUGAAGACAUUGCGCGUUUUGAAGCGGUUAAUGGGUUUGGUAUUCUCAUCAAUACUCUUCCCACAGCGUUCUGGUCUGUCUAUCAUGUCUUUUCGAAUCCCGAAACCCUCGCCUCAGUUCGGGAGCUUACUCUACCAUUGCUGUCUACAACCACAACGGACAGCGGUGCUCCGCUGUACACCCUCGAUGUCCGACAGAUCAGAGAGAUUCCACUCCUGGUCUCGAUAUUACACGAGUCACUUCGCUAUCACUCUUCAGGGGCUGCAGCAAGAAUGGUAAUGGAGGAUUUUACACUCGACGACAAAUAUCUCCUGAAGAAAGAUUCCAUGCUACUAGUACCAAACCGGGAGAUACAUUUUCACAAAGAGACCUGGGGUGAAACCGUCGACACAUUCGAUGCUUCUAGAUUCAUGAAAACACAAGUCGGAGGCAGGAAGCCACCAUCUGGUGCAUUCAGGGGUUUUGGAUCAGGGGUGAAUCUAUGUCCUGGUAAGAACUUUGCGACAACGGAGAUCCUGGCGGUAGUAGCAAUGAUGGUUCUCAGAUUCGAUAUCACACCAAUAUCGGGUAGUUGGAAGUAUCCAGGUGACGAUGGAAACAACAUGUCAACCGUUAUCUGUGCACCGAAGGAUCCUGUGCCUGUCAAAAUCAGGCCAAGACAAGGUUUGGAAGGGGGAACAUGGGUGUUCAAAGCUAGUAAUUAGUUCAUAAAUUGUCUGAUUUUAAG